CUACGGUAGGCGGUAUGCAGGCCUUAUAAUUACAAGCUGGCAUGGCUUGUGGUUAUGCCUGCUGGUCCUGGUUGUGAUAUUGUACUUUAAUCGCGCCCAGCGUGUGGAUGGCCGUGAUGGAGCUACGGCGAAACGCUGCUGCCCUAAGACUGCAACACAUGCUGCGUGCCGCGAUACUACGGCCACCUACGACGAACUGCCACUGCCCGGCGGAUGUGGAUGAUGAGGGAUCAACGUCAACCGGACAGCUCGUUCAACCACAUUUUAGUGGCAGACGACCAAAACGCAUAGUGCGAUUGCACUAUGAAAGUCAAAGCGCGGUAGCUAUACAAAGAAUUCAGCGCGGGGUAUUUGCUCGUCAAAUGAUCUCCUCCAAACGCGAAUUCGUAAAUUUUCAGCGGGCCGCGGGACGAAUACAACGAUUGGUUGUGAGUUGGCAAGCAUCGUGCCAUGGUGCAGACAUCGAUGCACUGAAAACAGUCAGGGAUACUUGUGCACGAUGUGCCACAUGCCGGGCAUCGGUGUUUGUUUUUGAUCUCCAGCAGUUGCUCUGCACAAACUGCGUGACAGCCAUGACUAAGGCAAUGUCACACCAACGAGAGUCUUUACGGACGUGCGGGCGAUUCCUAGGUACAAUGAUUCCAUUAGACCUUAAGCGCAGAUUAGACCCCCGAGUGGCGUCUGUUCAAAGAUGGUGGCGACUUCGAGCAUUCAGAACUGUAGUCAGCACGUGUUGUUGCACGUGUCACCGGACUGCUACACAUAUUGACCAUCGUUCGCAAAAACGCCUGUGUGGGCUUUGCGCGUUACACGUGCGCUGCCUCAACAAUCUACACCGAGAUGGUCGCAGAAUUCAAACUCUCGCACAGUUUGAGGCUGAUGUAACAGCUGCGACAGUCAUUCAAGCUUUCUGGCUCUCGUGGCGAGCUACAAAGCGGUGGCAAGCCAUUAGGGACGUGACCUUCACACGUGCGACUUUAUUUGCCACAAGAGCUCAAAGUGUCUUCCGCGGCAACGCGUCGCGUCGUGCGAUACGCGCAUGCAUGGAUACGCUUGUCUGGCUCUGUAGAGCAGCGAACAGAUUGUUACAAACAAAGCCAGGAUCAUGGUUUGUGUGUCUUUGUGAUGAUCUUUUAUCUCGUGUACCGGUCUUCCUCGUUGGUCGAGAAUGCUGGAGGCUUGCUGGGGAGCCGCAUGCCUUGGGCAAUGAAGUAGCAUUUCGCUUACUACAUGAUGCCGUCGCCGGACAGAUUACACGUCUGGGCCGGGGGUGGGUUUCGAGGUGCAAAGCUAGAAGGGGAAAGUCAGAAAGACGGAGGCACCUGCAAGCUGCACGAUAUCAUCAAUCUUCAAUCAUCAACUCUUGUAGGACGAUCCAACGCUUGGUGCUGUGCGGAAGUCAAAUCUGAGUUCGACUAGGCCCGCGCAAAGGCAGCAGACGCGUGGACAAUUGACACGUCAGUCCUCACGUCAUUGACGCGACUUGUCUGGAAGUGCGUCUGCUCGAUGGCCUGGAGGGUGACGAGUACGAUUCUCCCGUCCUCGGCGUCGGCGGACCACUGAUUGAUUUCAACACAGGUUUUGUAGGACGACGAGCAGCCGCGAAGAAAAUCCAGGCGGAAGUGCGUUGUUAUUUGGUCCGUUUGCGGAUCAAAGGUACGAGAGCACAGCACGCCGCGGCUGAAAGAAUCCAGCGGUGGGUCCGCCGCUUUCUGGAGGAGUGCCACGCGUGGCGCGCAACGAAUAGGCAGCUCUUGACGUUGUUGCUAAAUCGUGUGAGAAUACUUCUUCCGUUCACGAGUGUCAAUCGGAAUAUGGAAGUCCUGCGGACGGCCACUCAUCUGGGACGACGGGCUAAGCCCUCCACCGAGACAUUGUCGAGGGUCGCAGCCUCCGAUUUGGUGGUCUUGAGCACGCCUGCCAUACUGCGAGGCACGCUCCCUCAUCAUCGUUUUCUACAGCGUGCGGGCCUCAGUUCAGCUCAGCUACUGGCGACACAGAUAGUAACCAACACGGCCUUAAUUCAACCACGAUGGUCAGCAUCAGCUUCGGCAAGCGGGAAGUUUCUUUCGGCUGGUUGCGAGGUUCAGUAUCCAGGUCAAUUUUUGCUUCAGCUUGUGACUGUAUCUUCAGCUUCUAGUCCCAUGCCUGUGGAGUCUUGCUCUUCUGUGACUGUGCAUUGGUGCGGAAACACCCGACAGCCAUCCGGAUCGCCCUAUCUGAUGCGCGUGGGUUUGGACUCACCUGAGUGGCAUCAUUUCGUCAUCUUGACUUGUGAUACCUCUCGUAAACCCAAAUACUUUGGUCCCCGUGCAAAGAAAUCGCUUCUCCGAUUCAUUCUUCAUAAAAGAACGUUGUGCAAGCGUCGUUGGCUGAGCCACGCAACAACAAUCUCACCUGAUGCGUUCCUUAGCUCCCUUGGCGCACGUGCAACUUUCACUGUGACGGCAGGACACCAAGGUGGGUACCGUCACGCAAGCAUCACCGUGCUUCUGUCAAUCCAUACGCUGAGGAGGGCAGAAGCUCAAAAUAUCGCAUCAAAUGUACUUCUUGAUCUCCUGGAGGAUUUGAUUCACAUCACUCCUAGGGCUUCUGUUCACAUUGGAUGUACCGUUUCUCGGUACCAGGCCCAAAGCAAAGGCCUUGGAGCGUGGACAACUUCUUGCCGACAAAGAGGAGCAUGGACUCGCCUCACGUGGAACGGCUGUGUCGCCGGGUACUUGCAGGUCCCCAUGCGUGACCGUCAUUCUCGUUCUGUCAUGAUGCGAAACAAAGGUCUCCCCUGUGCCGUCGGACACUUCAUCCUAACCGGCGAUAGUGCUUCCUCCAUUAGCGGUGGUGGUGGCGAUUGCUACGACCAGAACAAGUUUCUUUUGCAAAUCGAACUUUCCCGCAGCGUGGGGGGGCGGCCCUGUGGCGUUGCUAUUCUAAAUGAACGCUUCCUGGAUUGUAUCCAAGCUAGGAGGAAUGUAUCGGUCUUUGUGAAGUCCAGUGUGUGCACCGAAAAUUCGCGAACUUCCGCUUCGUCGCUGGGCUACCUUCGCAUGCAAUUGACUGCACGCCGCCUUGAGACGCCACACUGGCGACAAAGGCUGCAGGUAGUCAAGUCGUAUGUGGGUACCAUGAUUACAGCUGCCCUUUGUAGUGUACCACAACCGCGAAUUGAAAUAUCCCUGGAACGGCUUACAGGCUUACUCCCAGAAGUAGACGUCGCUUCACUCGAGUGUCGGGUCACAUGGGGGGAGAGGGUAGCCACCACUUGGUUCGCCGCGUCCGAACCUGCUUGUGAAGCAUGUAUUUGUGCUUCAAGUCCCACUGUGCGAUUGAACUUGCCUGCCCACGGGCUCGUCGCUCCAGUCCUCAAGCUCGAAAUUUUGGGUACGUCUUUCUCGAGCUCGAGCAUAGAUACCGCUAGAAAGACUUGUUUUGGCGUCUGCUCUGUAAAUAGCCAUGAGCUCACUAAUAAUACCGGUCGCGUCGAGCUGAACUUUGUUGAGCCCCCCAAACCACUUUCGGCGAGUUCCAGGUUAGACCGGGUGGCCCGCCUCGUUCCAGGUCGUGUCGUUAUGUUUGUUGAAGUGUUUGAUGUUCACUACAGCGCGGGGUCGCCUGAGUGCACAGACGUCACGAGACUGCAACUUUCCAUAUUGGACUUGGACAUGACUGGCUGCAAAAGUGACUUGGUGGGUUCACAUCGUACCGUCUUCUCGACCUAUGGACUUGUUUUUCGUAGGUGAAGUCCCGUCCAUUCAAAAGUCUAAUUCGGCCAUACGCCGUUGUGCGAUGGCACGGCCGCAAAGUUGGCCAGGAGGAAAUAGUGCGGCCUUCCCUAAAUCCACUAUUCUGCAGCUCGCUACAAAAUGCCCACCUAAUCAAUCGAUGCGGGCUACCUCCACAGGGGGGGCAACUCUGCUUCGGUGGGCAGCCGUACAUUUUUCGCCUUACCCCAGCCAACAGGCGGGCUCUCGAUCGCUAUGUGCCCACUAAACACAAAAUUGGUGUUACUCUUGAUAUCUACUCUGCCAAAGGUGACAUGCAUGAGUCUCAGGCGCACCUCGACUUAUUUCUUGGACAAGCAAUCCUGGAGAGCCCGAUGGCAAACUCUUCACUUGCAUCCUAUUGUACGCUCCCCCUGCGCCGGCGACGCGAAGACACUUUAAACAAUGCCUUCGUAAAGUUUCGCUUGAGCAGAGUGGCAGAGGAGACUAUUGAGUUGAAUGUUUCCUCACUAAAAUUAAGUGGAAUUGCGGCGGCCGAGCGGCGCGCAGCCGAGAAGCACGAGGCCGAGACGGUGCCAUCCGCGUCAGAAAGCUUCAACAGUCCCCGCACCAUCAACCCGAUGCUGCACACCGUGUGCCGGUUCAGUGGCGUGGUGGCUGUAAGAUCUCUUGGGUUCGACCCAAGUUCACUCGUCGAUGUCCGCACAGGCGGCCGCAGGGUCACACCAGAAUCGACCGCACAGAUCACAUCGCACUUUAAAUGUGUGCUUGGAGGCUAUGCAGGCUAAGACUCUCUUGAGGCAAACACGUUUUCAAUCUCUGACAUAUGGCGAUAUGGAGGGAACCGUGAACUGGCCGCAUCACAAACCUCUCACCCUAUCCAUUCCUUCGACUUUAUCUGGCAUCCUUGAGGAUGCUGUUCUUCGAAUUUCCGUGUCACAUGGAAUUCAAGUUCCCAAGAAAGUUGGCUCUGCAGACUAUUCACUGCGGGGUCUUCUGAUGGAACGGCGAAAACAUCCGAGGGGGCGUCCUCUCUCAGAAUGUGACGUGACCCUUUCUCUUGAGAAAGACGGUCGUCCCACCAGGGCAUUUGUUAGCUUUGCAGUUGGUCUAGGACAUCGUGUCACGUGCGCCUCUGGACGUUCCUUCCCUGUAAACAGCUACAGUAAGUCUCCGGGUGAUACUUCAAUACUGACCCCAAAAAAUAUUGGUAUCGUCGACGAUGUGCACAGCAGUCAUGAAGCUCAACAUGCUCGUCGUGUAGCACACGCCUGGCCUUCCCAUGUCCUAGAUUCAAACGGCACGAAUAAUUUUGCCGAUACUGCCUUAGCUCUUGACGCAGAAUGGCAAAACGCAGGUGAGAGCAGUGCACUGCGGAAAGCCGCGGUAACAGUAAAUAUCUCUGAUGUGGAGUUGCUGGACACAUCUCUCCAAAUAGAAGUCUGUAACAAAAAUAUGCAGCGACCAGAUACUACAGUCGGCAAGGCUUCAUGUAUACUUGAUAAAGUUGUCAACGCCAUGCACGCCGGCAGACCAGAAUGUAGAUUUCCUUCUGUUGGGAUCGAACAAAAUAAAAAAAAUGUGGUAAAGAAAAUUAGCUUCACAGCUUGGCUGGAGAGAAAUCGAUAUUUCUCAGUAGGUGUGCACAAUGUGCAGAUUGCAUGGUGGCCAGGCAAACAGCUCAACAAAAGAAAUCAUGGCGCCGCGGUUUCGUAUCUCUGCUUUAAGCUGGGGGGGUCCACUCUUCGCAAGACUCGAACGACGGACACGCACUUAUCUGCAGAUGCUUACUUGCCCGCAACUGCGGGUGUCCUCGAACAUUGCCUCCUCUACGUUGAGCUGUGGCACUCCGACGCAGUUUCCGAGGUGCUUGUUGCUGUUGCUAGUACUGCGGUUAAAUGCUUAACUUCUCUGGAGGCGCCAAUUUGCUUCACCUUACCGCUUCUGCGUCGCGGGGUGCAGGAGAGUGAUGGUGAAGGUCUCAUCUCGCUCACGCUCACGUGCACUGAAUUGACCCACGAGGUGACAAAGGCGGGUAUUUCAGUAGCACGGGAUUCCUCGGGUCCCUCAAAUCUUUUCAAAGUACCACAAAUUCAAUUGCAGGGAGCUGAAUUGUGCUUGCGGGCCCUUCGCUUCCGCAGAGCAUCGAGUCCGCCAACCAGGCUCUACUGUACGACGCAAGUGGGUCGCAUUUUUCGUCGAACUUCCAUCAAGUCAGUUUCUUGUGCUACCUGUGACUGGCCAAACGAGGCGCUGGUCUUUCACACAAGCUUUGACGUGCUCAUGGGGAAGUUUCUUCAAAUGCAGAUCUGGAGUCGCGCCAAUGGAUCACCGGACAGCCUGGUGGGGCAUGCCAAGCUUCACCUUACGCCAGCACGCUGCAUGCUACAUUGCAGCCAUCGAGCUAUUGUGAGGACGUCGCCUUCUGAACCAGUAUGCGUGCAGCUUCGACAAGCUCUAGGUGCACCAUGUGGAGUUAUUUCUUUCGAGCUUGAAAUUAUUGCAGAGGAUGACUCUGCAAUCACAGAGAUCAGAUGUUUCCAAAAUAAUAGCGUGUCGUCGUCGGCGUUUCGUAUCGGGCACAUUACAUUUGCAUCGAUGAAUCACCUAAAUGACGACGAGCUAUGUUCUUCACCCCUCGAACAGGAUGCAACGGACAGCAUUACGCCGAGUACCAUGGAUGGUGCUCAAUUUUUAGUUGGCGCUUUUGACGACAACCGCUGCGAUAAAAAAGACCCUCGCGAUCGAAACGAGCUUCGCCUCAUCUUGCUCAGGACGCGAGGCCUUCGCGUCCUGGGGCGAUCGCAUCCUCACGAUGAUAAAGUAUCCGGUCUGCAAAUUCGAUCGCUCUUGGGGGCGGCACCACUGUCGAGGUCCAUGGCACGCCCGGGCAUUGUGUCUGCGCAUAUGGUCGCAAAAAAUGCAAAGGUGGGCAUUCGUUCAAUGAAUGGAGUAGGUGAGCAAGAAUAUAGCUACAAGUCUAUUGAUGUUGCGGAAUUGGAGCAGGAGCUGGGUGAGCAAUUUAUUCUCCCCGCAUCGGACGUUGAUUUCAAGCCACUUGGCUUGGAACUAGUUGUUCAGGGCAGCCACAAAAUCUCAAGCGAGCGAGUGAUGGGGCGCAGUUUUAUCGAGCUAAGUGAGAAUGCACUUCCUGGUUUUGGUGUGGGGCUGGCCUAUAGAUUUUGGCUACAGCUUGGGGGGAACCUUGGCUCCGGGUCUCGUGCAUGCAAGGUGCGAAUGUGUGCGCAAUGACUCCCACUGACUCCCGCGCGCGCAGGUCUUGACAGCGGAACCAGCGAAUCCCGGACCGUAUGGUACCCUGCAAGUGGCGGCGAGGUGGACUCACAACCCCACGCUUGCAUUCUUUGAUCUACCGUGCAGGACGGUGUCCAAUGCCAUUACUUGUUUGUUCUGAGCUAGAUCUGAAAGCAGGUGCGCGCACGACGACGCUGCACCUAAUGAGCUACAUGUUGCGCUGCUUCGAGCUCGAGGACUGCCAGCCGCGGAUCGGGGCGUGCUAGAGGCUUCAACAAGCGACCCAGUAGCGAGGGUCACGAUUCUUUCUGCUGGUGGAGGCGUUAUGGAUGUUACAGAGACCACUGUGGUGAGAAGGUGCUUGAACCCCAUUUGGAACGCAGCUUUCUCUUUUGAAAUUCAGCACGGCGAAGUAUACCAAAAUGGGCAAAGUGCAAUGCUACAUAUCACCAUAGAGGAUUGGGAUGCUUUGUCAAAUAAUGAUGUCUUGGGCCACAUAGUAGUCCCGGUGUCGUCACUUCAAAGCAAGUCGAGACUACACAGCUGGUUUCCCUUGUCGAGCACAACAGGGCCAAGCAACGCGUGCAGCUACGGGAGAACUAGCUUGUGCGGCGAGGUCGAGCUAACGGCGCGGUGGACACACAAUCCCAUUCUUUCACGAUUAUCUCUUUCAGAGUCAGGCUCCGAUGCCACACCAAACGAGCUUCGAAUCACGCUAGUAAGAGCUCGCGGGUUAGACCAACCUGGACAUCUACCUGAUACCACGAUAAUACCAGACGAUCCGUUCGUUAGACUGCGCUUUGGUACCAAAGUUUGGUUCACCGAGCGGUUUAGAACCUCGUGCCCUGUUUGGAACGAAGCCUGCGCAGUUCCUUUUCAUGCAUGCGACAUCUCCUCGGGGGGGUUAGAGGUUGCAGUGGCGCCAAAGCUCGACUAUGGCGCCGAACUCAAACUUCAAUCUCUGGCUGCCAGACGAUCAUCCAGAAAUGUCCAGCCACUUCAGCAAUGGCUGAGCCUUACCCGGCGACCAGACCGUGCGCGUCUCGGGCGCGGGGUGGAUGCCUGUGUGGAAAUCAAACUUCAGGCGCCCCACGGCGUUGUCCCCAGAACUGCAUCUGCUCGAUGGCGUAACCCAACUCACUGACUGAUUUCCACACAGGCGGAUGGAGGCCGUGUUCCUGUCAAUGCUACUGAUAUUUCCGGGGAAGUAGAGGUGGUGUUGGAGUGGGGUUGCAACCCGGUGCAUGGAUUCUUCGAUCUGGAGGACGGCGAGAGCGCUGGUGCCCCAAACAUGCUUUACGUUGCUAUUGCCCAAGCCCGUGCGUUAAGACCUCGGAACUCGUUGCCAAAAGGGUCUAGCGAUCAGCGCGCCUGCAAACCCUACGUCCUAAUCAAAUGGCGUGGUCGGCGAAUGGCAUCGACCGUCCUACCCCGAGCGCAGUUGCCGUCUGUGUAGAAAUCAAAUUUCGCGGGUUUCUCGCAAAAGGCUGAAUCAUAACCUUGACGCCAUCGACGCGACGCCUGCUCGAUGGCGUGGCGGUGUGGGUUACACCCGACGCACUGCUUGAUUUCCACACAGGUCGCCGUCUUGGCACGAGACCUUUGUGCUGCCUGUGAGCAUAGGAAACAUAAACGAAGCGAUUACAAACGCACACGACAGGCAACUGACUCUAGAUGUCAUCCACUGUCCCAGAUGCAGCGCUGACUCGGCGUCCUGUCGAACUUUAACUUGGACUGGCGGGCCACGGGAUGGCGUGGGGGGCGGCAGAGGAGUCUGAUCUUGGCCGGCGGCGCGCCGUCGUCGUCAACGAUACGCGACGACGACGUCGUGACUACUGCUGUGCUACCCAGCCCCUCGGCCGGGGACGCGCGGCGCGAGAGCCCGUCGAGCCUGUUGAGCCCAUCGGCGUGGGCGGAUGCGCGACGCGAGGACGGUGCCUAGGCGACACCCCUGGCGGAGGUCGCGAGCCCGUUCGAGUCCCCCGGCCUGGGCGGAGGCCUGCUCACCCGGACGAUCCGGCGGACGCCGUCGCGCCGCCGCGCCGCAGCAGCAACGGGAGCUGGAGAAGAGCGAUGCGGCGACGGUGGACGAUGCGAACGGGGGUUCCGCGCGCAGGCACAAGCUCACGACCUACAGGAGGAGGAGAUAGGGCAAACUGUCAGUUAAUUGGCUCUUCUAGAGUGGACAUAUGUGUGGAAAUCAACCAGUGAGUUGGGUUACUAAACCAGUGGGGUCUCCAGUCGGGCCACUGGUACCAGGCCCGGUCACGUCGGAGGGUUACCCAACCACUCGGUCCGGAUCGAUCUUUCUAGACCCAGGCUCUUUGGUUGGAGGCCUCCGGUCUGGAGACGCAGUUACAGAGACAUGUCGCGUGAUGGUAAAAUGGGGCGCCUGAAAUUCGAUUUGAACGCAGGUAGACCUCUUGACUGAACUGGGUCAUCGACGGCCUUUUCGAUCCUGGCGAAAGUUAUAUCAGGCCUCGGAAUCAUAUCCAGUGGUAAGCGGAGAGUUGGAAGUUGAGUUGAGAUGGGUAAGGUCUCAACUCACCUUCAUUCCUGAGCCCCUGUAUAAGCUACACAUUGGCGACAUGAGUGCCGCUAUACUCAGCUCAGAAUCCAUACUGUUGGACGGUUCUGCACGCCUCGGGGUACACACAGCAAUGAUAAAGCGUGCACCAAUCGCUGACAAGACCCUUGUUUGCUCAAAUCUAUGCAUUCUACGUGCCACCAGUCUCGAUCCAAAUAGCGUCGGGAUUGGCCAUCCUUUCGUUGUCGUGCGUUGCAAUGAUAGUGAAGUCCAUCGAACUCCUGCACAAUGGUCUACUCUCAGCCCAACGUGGAGUCGUGGUGGAUCUGCUGCGUGCGUCCAGAUACCCUCUGUUGCGUCGGGGCCACCAUACGGGCUGUCCGUCGAGGUGUGGUGUGCUACUACAUCGGCUGCAAGAGCAUGCUGCCUAGGACGUAUUGCAUUGAUGCCGACCGAGCUGCUAGAUCACGGCGGGGAGUAUGAGCACCAGUUGCUCUCUGGGACCCUCAUUCUGACUUGGAGGCAACUCGGGCCAAAGAGCCCUGAGUUCCCUACUGAGCUGGAGUUCACACGUGAUGAGUCCGCGAGUAGUGCAGCCAAAGAACUGUCAUACACAGUUCAAAUUAGUAACUGGACGGUAUAUCCGCGAAUCGAGGGGGUUUAUAUCGUUGCGUCCUGUGUGAAAACCAAAUUUAAGCACCUCGCGCGAUGGUAUCCCGCCACUGUGUCUGCUCGGAUGGCGUGGAGGUUCACGGAGGUCCCUCGCAAUAAUUCUCAGGAUAGCCUGACUCACUGGUUGAUUUCCCACAGGAGGCCUCUCUAGGGAGGGAAGGGGCCCGAGGGGAGGCUUUCCUGGAACUCAUGGCAGAACCUAGUUGUUUCACAUCAGUCGAGGAGCUACAGAUCGAAGUGAAAUCCAAGGGAGAAACGGGGGACAAUUCAAAGUACGGUGAAUGUUUCAUCCCGCUGCAAACACAUUGGGUUGGUGACAAAGAACCGCACCAACUUGUGCAGAUGCUCACACACCCGACUGGUGGCCUUCGUGGGCACUUGACAUUCAGCAUACAGGUCCGCCGUUGCCUAAACAAAGCUAAAUAUGAUGAUGAGAUCAGAACUACUCGUGAACUUAAGCACCUUAGCGCCCUGCACGCCUUGCGUCAAUCUGCGGAAUAUGCAAAACGUGCGAGUCAAGAUGCCACAAGUGCAUUUGAAAGAGCAGCCGAUUCUAUAGAGCGGAGGGCGCUCUCUGCCACGCAGGCUGUCUGUCGUCGUGAAGCGAUGCGCGCGAUGAGUCGCCUGCAACAUUCCAUUGAACUUGGCAUGUUCUACGACGGAGUCAGAUCAGAAAUUACGACGGAAACAGUUGAACAGCGUGCUGGCCACGGAACCAAAUGCGCGGCACCCAGAUCAGAAAUUACCGCAGGAAGUGCAGUUGCACAACAGCACGCUGGUCGCGAAACAAGCCGUAGAGCGCUGCCUUCUUCAUCCCUGGCAAUCAAGCACAGGGAACUAGCUCACGUCAGGAUGGACAUUCGCAUCGACCCAACAGAAAACCUUGGCAUAAUCUGGGGCGACGUUGAGAGGGAUGAGCUGGCCGCACUUGUGGCCAGCCGUAGUGGUUUCUCAGCCAGGGUGACGUCCACACCUCACGCCCGGGUCAGUCAUGAAAUGUCACUUCGAUUCGCGAAUGCUAGUGAUCAGCGAUGCGGCAGCAGAAGGGAUGCCGGGGGACAAUAUGGCGAGACUGACGACGUGAGUGAGGCCAUGAAUCACUAUCGCAGCACAUUCAGCUCAUUAGAACCACUAUUAGCUCGAAUCGGUGUGGUCGAUGAGGAGCUCACAAAACUUUCGGCCAACUGUAAAUCAAACGCUCGGGCACUUGCCUUAAGAGCUGGACACAACUUGACAGUCUUGGGCUUACGUAAGGGCAUGCAAGCUGCGCGCCUUGGUGUGUGUCUCGGAUGGCGCGCUGUUUCUCUGAAUGGCCGGGAGUUGGGCUGCCGGGAGCAGCUUUCGACGGCGCUGAAUGCUCCCAUGGAAGAAAUGAUCCUGACCUUUACGGCAAGGAUAGAAUGGAGGCACCAUUUUCACGCACUGCGUAACCUGAAACGUUAUCUGGUCGCCACCAAGCGUUGCGAAGAAGUCUCGCAGGUCACAGCUGCGGCCCGGGAGAAAACAAUAAGCCUUGAUCUUCGGAAGCCGCUAGGGAUAAGUUGGACAGCUGCGACAGGGGGGCGUGGGCACUCGAAAGGUGGCCUUGAGGUGAAGGUGGUAAUGCCAAAUUCGGCUCGUAUCAAGUGUAUCAGAGGGGGUAUGAUUCUCACCCGAGUUGCCUCAAGGCCCGUUCACGACGAGGAAGAUUUCUCCGAUAUUUUAGAUAGUCUUCGCUCGACUUCUACCUACGUUGUAAAUUUUGAUUUUAUGUUACCACGUCACGUUCACAAACGGGUAAUUUUCUUUGAUGCUCGUUGUCCCCUUGGGGCAAUAUUUAAAGAUUAUUCGAUUUUGCGUCUCGACCCAAACUCACCAGCGACCAAAGCUCGAGUUAGACCAGGUUGGAUUUUGUUGAGUGUGAACGGGCUUACUGUGACCGGGGGCGCCUCGCCGGUAGCACUACUUGCCGACUUAAGGCGACGGGCCCGAGAUCCUCACGACCCGUUUAAUCAAGCCGCAGCUGCACGUCACACAGAACUAGUAUUCAACGUCGCGGUAGACGAUCUUAUAUCGCUUUUCAUCGAUCCGAGGAAUCCGGGAAUCGAUUGGACUUUCCUGCCACGACCCACAAAGGAAGGUUCGAGUUGUAUGGCCUGUGCGUAAAUCAACCAGUGCGUCGGGUGCACUACUCUUCACAAAGUCAUUUUUCUCGGCGACAACGCGGCCCCGCUGACUGAAUCGAGUGGUGUAAUACCCACACCGCCACGCUAUGGAGCAGGCGUCGCGUCGAUGGCGUGCAGAUUGACGCGACAGCAAGGCGCCAUGAAAUUUUAAUUUCUACACAGGCAAUGACAUCGGUGGUGAUAUAUUUGUCAAGGAAGUGGUCAACGGCACAGGGCGUCCAAGGAGAGGCUGGCGGCUAGUAAAAAUAGAAUACAAUGAUGCCCAGCAUUUUCCAGCAUCACCUGGCGCCAUGUUGGCCGCAUUCGAGAACGCGACAAACCUGCGACAAGAAGAGGUAAAGGUGACUUUUGACUGUGCUGAAGAAGAAGAUUUCCACGCAGAUGGGCAUGAUGUGCAUGAUGGGCAUGAUGACACCCCCGAAGGAGACCCUUUGUCAGAGGCAUUUGGAACGCCAAAUCUUCCAGUCGUGGAGCCUUCAAUUUACUUGACUAUUAUUGACGGAGCUGAGUUUCAACUUGGCGGGGUUGCCCCCCACGUGCGUUUGUUUUGGUGCGAGAAGGAAGUGAGUCGCACUGCUCCGGGGCGACUAGACAAGCAUAAUCAACCGCAUUGGAAUGCUGAAAGUUUUCUUUUGCCUCUUCCAGAAAAUACCGACGAUGUUGGCCUUCGACUGGAAGUUUGGACGACAACAUGCCACGGCCAGGCCCUCCUCGAAGGCCAGGAUCUUUUGCGCCAGUGCUUCACAGAUACUGAUAAGCGAGCUAAGCGAGCUACAAGAUAUCAACUCACGCCACACAGGCCAGUCAGACCUGCUUCAGAGAGAUUCAAUCGACGCAGAGAAGUGACCUCUUCUCUUGCACUCAUGAUGUAUCUUAUAUCUCCAGCCCCCAAAAAAAAGAAAGUGACGGCAUCGGACCUUAGUGUCCACCUAAGUUAAAUCGUGACAUUCACAAGUGCGCGUCGGGGGCACAGCAACCCGCAUCUCGCCAACAUUGGCAAAAAGGUAUUCCUGUGCCAGCGGGACCCGUCAGGGGGAAGAGCUCUCCGAGUCGCCGGAAGGCCGGGCUCGCCGGUUCGUCACAUGUGUCACUCCCGUCGGAAUUCCCGUCUGCCCGGGCCCGGGGGGGUCCAGAUGGCGGAUGCAACAAGUGAUGCAACGCUCGUCGCUCGGCGGGGCUACUUGCGGGGCUCAUAAAAAAGGACAAUACUUAGGUAUGGCACAAGAGGGCUAGGCUAGGAUGCGGCCCCGUUGGCCCUUAUUAUAACAUUUGGGGGAUCGCUGUCAAGAGAAAAACGUCCCACGGGGUGUUUUAGAAAUUC